CCGACGAUAUAUUGCAUAGGCGGAGUGAGCGGCUCCGGCAAGACCUAUCUCCGCGAGUGUCACAACUUGCUUUCCAAGCUGCCAUUCAUCGAUAUUGCGGAUGUGUAUGCUGACUAUCCUGGAAUUGGACGAGAGGCAGCCAGAAUCGAGCUGCUGGACCGGCUUGAGCAACAACUUCAGGAGGAUGCGGAGAGCAGCGUAUGCGUGGAGGCUUUCUUUGCACCGGGAAAGGCCCAAAGGAGAUGUAUAGAAGAUCUGGCGGCCGAAUAUAACGUCAAGGUCAGGUUCAUCUGGUGCGCAGCUACCCGACAGAAAUGCCUACGACGCGUGUGGAGCGAUGCCCAGUACGAAGAUUAUGACCGACACCUGGCCCGCGUGGACUUCAUCAACGAGGUGCCCGACAGAUAUUUCCAGACCAGAAUGGGCGAGGAGGAGCCCUACCUGGUGGAUGGCUAUUGCCAGGAGUGCCACGACUGGCCGUACGAACCCCCGGCCUGCUGCGUCUGCGGUUGCGACAUGGAGGCGCCCGUGUGCUUCACCUGCGCUGUCAACUCUAACCUGCGCUUCAACUGCAGCGCCCGCACGUGUCGCCAGGCCAUGUCGGGACGCCGGCCCAGGCGGCACCGCCCGCACUAUAGCGGCUACUACUGAAGACGCUGAAAGGACGUGAGGAAGGCUCGUGGGUACGUUGAUGUGGGCUGCGCCCGUUGGUUAUGGCUUGCUUCUCAUUUGGUUGCUGCUGCGCGUGUGAUUGGUAAGGUAUAGUGAUGAAGAGAGAUACAGAGCAUUUUGCAUGUAUGGCAGUCUGCCAUGAAGAUUCGUGAGGUCGGUUAUUACCAAUAGUUAGACAGCAAGCGUAAGCGCUUAGGCGUUGGUCUAGUAGUUGACAGCACUGCAGACUGGGCAUUGCCAUUGUUUGCACAGCAUUCUUUCUCGUGUGGUGGGCUGCCGUGAGCAGUGUGUGCGUGCAUGCAUGUGCGCAGUGUACGGGUGUAUGCAGUUGUGAUGCAAGUGUAGUUAAGAUGCAGUUUAGCUGGCUGGUUUUUUCGUAGGCGCGUGUCAUUAGGUAUGUUGCAAGUUCGGAUAGCAGCGUGUGAGUACGGUAGGCGCGUGUGUGUGUGUGUGUUUGUGUGGUGCAUGUGUCUGUGUUCUAAGCCGUGACUGAGAAAUGGUCGUGCAAUCAAUGAACGCCUGGCUUAGGAAAAAGCACUUCAUGACAGCCCCUGGCUCCCACACAUUAUUCCUGGCUGGCAACCAAGUAGGGCUUUCUGAUGACUUUCUGGACGAAAGAUGGGACCCGUCAACAUGCGGUGUGAUGAACUCAAGAAACAAGAAGCGGGUGGUGGUUAACGGUUGUUGAGGUAAAGAAGUAGGCUUAUUGUACGGCAGUAGAGAGCUGAGGGAAUGGUGGGCUUUGUACAGUUGUUUGUGAGCAGCUGCCGUUGACGCAUACCCUAGAUACAAUAGGAUACCUUGUGUGUUAGCAAUAUGAGACAAAGCAACAUGACAUAUGCCGGUUGGUGCGUAUGCUUCGUAUAAUGGCGUGCUAAGCUAUUCUUCUAGGCUGCGUUCCCCCGCCCUUUUUAGAUUUCGACCGCCAUGACUUACGGAAAUGCUCCUGGUUAGAGCUUCGUAGGCGUGUAUGUGCAUACGCAAAGUAGCCUUGAAUGUAGUUUGGCGCGUGGGUAAUGUUGGCAUUGCUGCCUGAGCGGCCGUACGGGCGCAGGUUCUUGUUAGAUGUCAGCAGGUCCCUCGUAUGUUGUGUGAGCAUUCAGCAAUUGAGUUCAGCAGUUGAGGUAGAAGACCGCUUGUUGCUACAUCUAUGGGCUGUACAUGCAAACUAGGCAUAUACGGUAUUAUGCGUACUUUUGCUCUGUUUAGAAGACGUACGUUUCCGCAAAAGGGUUUUUUUCCCGAACUUCUGCAAUGUGCUCCUAGCUAGCAGGGUUGCGGUUGUACACCCACCUGUCGCCAGUGGUGUGCCCCUGCAUCCCCAGGCUGCACGGAGGCUGUAGUAGGGGGCUGGUCGAUUGCAUUGUGUAUUGCAAAGGCGCAUGAAGGCAUGAUUACCAUGUUGCAUGUGCCACACUCGCUCCCGUGCACACCUCCUGGGGAAUCAACAACCAACAAGGCAGCGGGUUGACCAGUAGUUGAACCCGGUGCUAGCGCAGUAGAGCCACG